AUGGGUUUCAUUGGCAAUGCCAUCUAUUUCGCUUUCCACCCGAUCCAAUUGAGGUCGAUCAUUCAAUGGAAAGUCUGGCACAACCCGCCCCAUGAGCGUAACGAGAAGGACGAUACGGAGACACAGAGGAUUUGCUACAAGUUCUUGGACCAGACCAGCCGCAGCUUCAGCGCCGUCAUCAAGGAGCUCCACCCAGAGCUUCUCCUCCCUGUCACAGUCUUCUACCUUGUCCUCCGUGGUCUGGAUACCAUUGAGGAUGAUACCUCCAUUCCCCUCGAGACCAAGGAGCCCCUCCUUAGGAAUUUCAAGGACUUCCUCACCCAGGAUGGCUGGAACUUCACUGGGAACCGUCCGGAGGAGAAGGAUCGGGAGCUGCUGGUUCAGUUCCAGAGUAUCAUUGUCGAGUUUAAGAACAUGAAGCCCGCCUACCAGGCCAUUGUCAAGGAUAUCACCGAUAAAAUGGGCAACGGUAUGGCAGAUUACUGCGUCAAGGCUGCCACCGAGGAUGCUAGCGUGAAGACCGUUGAAGAGUACGAUCUUUACUGCUACUACGUGGCCGGUCUGGUUGGCGAGGGCCUGACUCGCCUGUUUGUUGAGGCCGAGUUUGGUAACCCCGCUCUGCUGAAGCGCCCUGAGCUUCAGAAGUCUAUGGGUCUCUUCCUACAGAAGACCAACAUCAUCCGAGACAUCCGCGAGGACUUUGACGAUGAGCGACGAUUCUGGCCCAAGGAGAUCUGGUCCAAGCACGUUGACAACUUUGAGGAUCUCUUCAAGCCGGAGUACAAGGAGGCUGCUCUGAACUGCAACUCUGAGAUGAUUCUCAAUGCUUUGGAGCAUGCCGAGGAGUGCCUCUUCUACCUGGCUGGCCUCCGCGAGCAGAGUGUGUUCAACUUCUGCGCCAUCCCCCAGUCCAUGGCCAUUGCUACCCUUGAGCUGUGCUUCCGCAACUACGCCAUGUUCGAGCGGAACAUCAAGAUCACCAAGGGUGAUGCUUGCGAGCUCAUGGUCCAGUCUACUCAAAACUUGAACGUUUUGUGCGAGACCUUCCGCCGCCUGACCCGCGCCAUCCACAAGAAGAACACCCCCAAGGACCCCAACUUCCUGAAGAUUAGCAUUGUCUGUGGCAAGAUUGAGAAGUUCAUUGAGACUAUCUUCCCUACUCAAAAGGCCGAGGAUGCCCAGCGUCGUGUCAAGGGUGAAGUAAGCCGAGAGCAGCUCGAGAAGCGCAAGGCGGAGGCAGACAGCAAGUCUGAUCUCUACUUCUUGAUGGCUAUCAUGGGUGUGAUCAUCUUCCUCGUGGCUGGUGUUAUGAUGGUUGCUGCUUGGUUGCUGGGUGCUCGCUUUGACCUGGCCUGGCAAGAGAUCCGGUCGGGCAACUUCCGACCCCCAGCGAUUACCCACGAGGAGCUCUGA